AUGCGGCUAGGCUGCAACGUGGCACAGCGCCGCCCAGAUGAGCGCCAAGGUGUGGUAGGCGUGAAAUGCGCGCCAGCGGAAGGGCACAGCCGUGAGGUUUGUGCUGAACAGUGCCAAACCACUCCGCGUGACGAGGUGCUCGGCCUCGUUGCCCGUGAUGAGGUUGUGGACUACGCCCGGUUCUGCUUCUAUGAAUGCAAACCGCCCUCCGGUUUGACCAGUGCGAUGAACUCACAAUGUCUGGCAUUAGCGUCAGAUGAGACAAAGCAGGUCACUGACGCAGAUGGAAAUUCCUUGGAUCCUGCGUUCUUGUACGAGCAUCAGUCGGUUGUGGCCUUGGCAGAGGAGGGCGAUGAGACUCCGGACGAGGAUGUGGAGACCGAAGAGUCCAAAGAGUCAUCACAGAAAUUGCUGGCAAACACCACCGAGUCCGAGGAUGCGGAGAACGGCGAAGACUCCGAGGAACUUCCAGACCCAGAAAGUGAUCCUCUUGUCGCGGCAAGCGGCGCACGAGAUGCAGCCUGGCAUGCAGAGGGAUCGGCAGCGAAGGCGGCACGCGCAGCUCGGAAGGCUUUGGAGGCACUGGAGACUGGUCGCAAUCAAACUUGGCUCAAUGCAAUGACGGAGGCCGACAAGGCGUUGAAUUUCAUGAAGCAGAAUGACAUCAGGCUGGCUACAGCCCAUGUGAAAGGCCCAAAGCCGUGGCGAAUUCAGGCCGCUGAGGCAGCUCGAGCAGCAGCGCAACCGUACUUGGAGGCUCACAACCACCUCGCCGAGACGCUGCCGAACCUGGACCGCCAGGCCUCCAUGCAAGCAUCCAAGGCGGCGAAGGACCUUGAGGCAAAGGCACACGAGCUGAAAACGAAGGCGGCUGUGCUCCGCAGACGCGGGAAGGUGCAAUGCAGGGCAGGGCAACCCUUCGGAUCUCCAUGUUGUCUCAUCUCAGAUUGUGCGUCCCAGGGGGUUUCAGAGAGGCGAAAGCAGUUGAUGAAGGCACUUUCGCAACCCUUCACACUGUUGCCACUCGAGAGGGGCUGGGGAUUCGGAGAAAGCCAAAAAUCGGACGGUAUGGUGUUGUUGGAUUGUUUUUGA